AUGCAAAUCUUCGUUAAGACCCUUACUGGCAAAACUAUCACCUUGGACGUUGAGCCCUCUGACACCAUUGAAAAUGUCAAGGCCAAGAUCCAAGACAAAGAAGGUAUCCCACCCGAUCAACAAAGACUCAUUUUCGCUGGAAAGCAACUCGAGGACGGCAGAACCCUCAGUGACUACAACAUCCAAAAGGAGUCAACUCUCCAUUUGGUCCUCAGACUCAGAGGAGGUAUGUAGAUCUUCGUCAAGACCCUCACUGGAAAGACCAUCACUCUUGACGUUGAGCCAUCAGACACCAUCGAGAAUGUCAAGGCUAAGAUUCAAGACAAGGAAGGAAUCCCACCCGAUCAACAAAGACUUAUCUUUGCUGGAAAGCAACUUGAAGAUGGCAGAACCCUCAGCGACUACAACAUUCAAAAGGAGUCAACUCUCCAUUUAGUCCUUAGACUCAGAGGUGGUAUGUAAAUCUUCGUCAAGACCCUUACCGGUAAGACCAUCACCCUCGAUGUCGAGCCUUCUGACACUAUUGAAAACGUCAAGGCUAAGAUCCAAGAUAAGGAAGGUAUUCCUCCCGAUCAACAAAGACUCAUUUUCGCUGGAAAACAACUCGAAGACGGCAGAACCCUUAGUGACUAUAACAUCCAAAAGGAGUCUACCCUCCACUUGGUUCUCAGACUUAGAGGUGGAAUGCAAAUCUUCGUCAAGACCCUCACCGGUAAGACCAUUACCCUCGAUGUUGAGCCAUCAGAUACUAUUGAAAACGUCAAGGCCAAGAUCUAGGACAAGGAAGGAAUCCCACCCGAUCAACAAAGACUUAUCUUCGCUGGUAAGCAACUUGAGGAUGGAAGAACUCUUUCAGACUAUAACAUCCAAAAGGAGUCAACCCUUCACUUGGUUCUCAGACUCAGAGGUGGUCAAUGA